AUGGCAGGUUUGCCCACGCCCAUCAUUGCAUACAACAGACACCAGCUCCUCGAUCUUCCCAACGAGAUCCUCCAGGAGGUUGCAUGCUAUCUUCCAACGGACAGUGAUGUCCUUAACCUCUCUCGAUCCAGCAAAGAAGCAUGGUGCAAGGUGUUUGGCGGCGAUUCCGGAGUAUGGCGAGCCCGAUUCGAGGUGCACUUCGACGUCCCCCCUAGGAAAAAGUAUUCGGAGCUGAAGAAUGAAUAUAUCACUCGUGCUUUCGUGUUGAAAGCUUACAUCGAUUUCGCGGUGGAGGAAGACCCAGAUCAACGCCUUUGGAUGGAGGUUCUGCAGACCAUGCUCCAAGAUUGCUUGGUCCUGCCUGGCGUAUUUGGAAACUCCAAGACACUUGAAUAUCUGAAACGAGUCCUCGGACAGGGCAACUUUCUCAGAGAGCCAGGGAAGCCAGGGAAGCCAUCAGACUUAUUCUAUGGCCUGCAGCUGUGCCUUUCUGGAGUUGCGCUUGACCGUGAAGUUACCUGUUGCUGUCGUCGAACUGAUUAUGACGUGGAAACGAUUUACUCCAUUCCCAAGGGGUUUCUGCCGUCAAACGACGCAGAUGAUGAAUUCGCAGAUUUCAAUGGAUCGACAUCAAGCGAGUCGACUGGAUAUGGAUCUUCUGUUGAAUCGAAUGAGCUGGAUGAACCUGGCGCAGACGUCGACCAAGUCGACUCCAAUGGAUCUGAAACAAGCGAGCACCCAGUCUCCGACAACAAGCCUCGACCUUAUAUUGACCAUCUGGCUCUUGACCUUCCUAAGUUGUUGCAAAUUCGCAGUUUCUGGCAGCGUCACCUCCUUAGCCCCUCUGAGAAUACUUACGAAGAGUCAUACUCUGGACUGCCUGAGAUUCUCAAGCCCGGCGUCCGCAAGAAUGAUAUCAGCAAAAGCUCCACGCUGAGCACUUCCUGGAUUGGCUAUUAUUCUUGCAUCCACCCAUUUCCAAGGACAAUCGAAGAGCUGGAGAACCGCCAGACAUGUGGAUCGCACGACGAGGAGAUGGAAAUCAUGACUCUCGAGCUUCAAACCUGCCAAGACCUGUUUUGGCCUGACGUCUGCAGCCGAUUUGUCGCCCCUUUCAAGGGCGCGAACGUCAAGCGUGUCGCCUUCAAAGGAAAGCAAGGCAUACAUGGCAACGUCGAGACCAACCACGCCUUCGGCUUCAUUGAGGAUAUCGAGGCUGUCUAUGGGGGGUUCAGUGGCUGGCAGCGUGUCUGCUUCACUCUCGUUGAGCGCAUCGAUGACGAGCCCCUCGAAGUGAAGGAGGAUGCUGCUGGCUGGCUGCACAUUUACGAGGCAGUCAUCAUCCCCGGCGGAAGGGUGAUGCUGGGGCGUUGGGUGGAUAUGAAGGCGCCCGCGGCCACGGGGCCUUUCAUCUUCUGGGACAUUUGA